UCUUGCCUUGGUUCCCUCGCUGACUGGGACUUGUCGCUGUCGCCGCCGCCGCCGCGCCAUGGCUUUCGUGACCAGGCAGUUUGUGCGCUCCGUGUCCUCCUCGUCUGCCGCCUCGGCCUCGGCGAAGAAAAUCACCUUCAAGCAUGUGACAGUCAUCGGCGCCGGGCUGAUGGGGUCAGGCAUCGCCCAGGUCGCUGCAGCAACUGGGCAUAAAGUAGCGUUGGUGGACCUGACAGAGGACAUCCUGGCAAAAUCUAAAAAGAGAAUUGAGGAAAGCCUUAGGAAAGUGGCCAAGAAGAAGUUUGCAGACAACCCCGAGGCUGCUGAUGAGUUUGUCGAGAAGACCCUGAGCAGCAUAUCAACCAGCACAGAUGCGGCAUCUGUGGUCCACAGCACAGACCUGGUGGUGGAGGCCAUCGCAGAGAAUCUGAAGGUGAAGAAUGAGCUCUUCGCAAGGCUGGACAAGUUUGCUGCUGAACACACAGUCUUUGCCAGCAAUACUUCCUCUUUGCAGAUCACAGGCAUAGCCAAUGCCACCACCAGACAAGACCGAUUCGCUGGGCUCCACUUCUUCAACCCAGUGCCCAUAAUGAAACUUGUAGAGGUCAUUAAAACACCCAUGACCAGCCAGAAGACAUUUGAAUCUCUGAUGGACUUUAGCAAAGCCCUGGGGAAGCAUCCUGUUGCUUGUAAGGACACUCCCGGGUUUAUUGUCAACCGUCUGCUGGUGCCAUACCUCUCAGAAGCAAUCAGGCUGUACGAGCGAGGUGACGCGUCCAAGGAAGACAUCGACAUUGCUAUGAAGUUGGGAGCUGGGUACCCUAUGGGCCCAUUUGAGCUUACUGACUAUGUUGGGCUGGAUACUACAAAGUUCAUCCUAGACGGGUGGCAUGAAAUGGAUGUACAGAACCCCUUGUUUCAGCCCAGUCCGAUCCUGAAUAAACUGGUAGCAGAGAAUAAGUUGGGCAAGAAGACUGGAGAAGGAUUUUACAAAUACAAAUGAUGCGCAGCGCCUCUGGCUCCAGGAAGGACCCACGGAAGCGUGUACCAGCCAGCUCCCCAAGUGGCCUCGGGAAUGCUGUCCAGUCAGACAUUCCCUCACACCGCACAGUCUGCUCAAUGUGCAUUUUUGAUUAUAAUCUUUCUGAAAUAAUUAUUUACACUAGUUACAGUAAUAACAGAUUCCUUCACUGAGAACUAACUCCCUUUUUUAGUCUAUUCAUUUUGGGGUAUUUCCUGAAAAACUUUAUACCCUUGGUGCCUUGGAGCAAACAUUUCUUUUCAUUUUCAUAAGAAUUGCCUGAAUUCAUUCACUUGCAAAGGGAAAAAGCCUUCCUCUGAGAGCCCUGUGUUUUCAUCAUUGCCUCGAGGGAGAGUCAUGAGCCAUUGAGAUGUAGUAUGUCCAUGCAGUGUGUAUUACAGCAUUUGCUACCUGCAGCUUUGAGCCUUACCCUACAUUCUGGGUGUGACAUAAGAUGUUAUGUCUUUAUUCAACUCAUCAUCAGGAUGCUGCUGCUGGAUUGGUGGGAAUAACUGUGCUGGGUUUGCAGGAAGAGCUUUGUUCUCAUGGUCAUUCACAUCUGCAAUCUUAGUGAUUACUGUCUCUGUCUUUUUUUUUUU